GUCACGUCUCUUACUUUAACCUCUCUCUCUCUCUCUCUCUCUCUCUCUGUCCUGCUGCAGACAGCGGCCUGCACAGACUGCACAGCUUUAGAGGCUCAGUAAGUCUGAUAGCUUCUUCUUGGAGUGUCAGCAAUGUCGUCUCUAAACACCAUUUUCUACACCACCAUGGCCCCACUGGACCCAAGUGGGUCACCUGAUUACUCUGAUAUGGCAUCAAAUACUACAACCUGCCAGGAAUGGGAGAAAGCCCAUCAUCUGCUCUUCCAUCUUGGCAAUCUGAGUUUACUAUUGGGGCUGCUCAUUCCUACCACAGUGGGGAUCCACAUGAUCCUCCUCCGACUUAUGCUGAUGACAGGGUGCUGUCUGUUUAUAGCCUGGGCUACUCUGUACAGGUGUACACUGGAUGUGUUAGUAUGGAACGCGGUCUUCCUCCUAGUCAACUUUAUGCAUUUCUUCUUCCUGCUGUACAAGCGUAGACCUAUUAAGAUUGACCGUGAGCUGAGGUCGGUGUAUAAGCGGAUGUUUGAGCCGCUGCAUGUGCGUGAAGCUCUGUUCCAGAGGCUGACCGGGCAGUUCUGCACCAUCCAGACCCUGAAGAAAGGCCAAAUUUAUGCUGCUGAGGAUAAGACCUCAGUGGACGAGCGCCUCAGCAUUCUUCUAAAGGGGAAAAUGAAGGUUUCAUAUCGUGGCCAUUUUCUUCACAAUAUUUACACCAAUGCCUUCAUUGACUCUCCGGAGUUCAGAUCAACACAGAUGAACAGAGGGGAAAAGUUCCAGGUGACAAUCACAGCUGAGGAAAAUUGCAAGUUCCUGUGCUGGUCUAGAGAGAGGCUGACUUACUUUCUGGAGUCUGACUCGUUUCUAAAUGAGGUGUUCAGAUAUAUCAUCGGCAAGGACAUCACCAACAAGCUUUACUCUCUUAACGACCCCACACUUAGUGACAAGGCAGUAAAGAAGAUGGAGAGGCAGCCCAGCCUGUGCUCUCAGCUGUCUAUGAUGCAGAUGAGGAACAGCAUGGCGAGCACCAGUGACACAGAUGACGUACUCAAUCAGAUUCUGAGAGGAUCUGGGGGCUCUUCACUACAGAAAAAUCCACACGGCAAAACCUCCACAGCCAUGAAGCCAAUUGAAGAAGCGAUGGAAGAUGAUGUUUUUGAAACCGACUCACCUACUGCCUCCCGGCCCAGCCCCAGAACCCCAGAAGAGGUGUAGAUUCACACCCUGCCUCCAGUAACAUCUGGUGGGCUGUUGUGUGAAGAUGAUACAGACUUCUAGUUCUCUCAAAAACACCACAUCACACUGUCUGCUCUAGAUAUGGAAUAUAAGCAGUACACAGCAUGUCCCAGCAGAGAUGUAGGUCAUGAUGUUAUGAUUGCUGCAUCUCCACAUUUUUUUUAUUUUAUUAUUGGAUUUGGGGGUUGGUUUUGCUUUUUAAGUGAAUUCUCUAAAUACAUUAAUGUAUUUCUUGUUCAAAAUUUAGUUGACGUUAGAAUUUUGUUUAUUUUCAACUUCUAUUUUUAAAUAUCUUGUUUAAUUAUUUAGCCUGUAGGUGGCACACUUGUAUUCAUUAAAAUGUCAUUUGCAUAUGCAUGUCUGUCAUCAUGAAUGUCAGAUAGUACACAGACUAGCAAUUUGACUUAAUGUAGAUAAAUGUAAAGUAGCCAUGUAUUUUUUUCCAUUCACUAUACUCAACAAGGAUGACUAUUUUUAAAGCUUGGGGUACAUCUUUAUAAUUUUUGCUAGUUCACUAUAUAUAAUAUAUAUAUAUAUCUUUUGGGGUAGUUUAGGUAAUUUAUGUUUAGAAUACAAUUGAAAAAUAAAUAAAACAUAUUUUAAAGAAACAAUCAGUCCAUGUUUUAUUCAAUAACUCAAUCAUUUUAGUCAUUAAAAUAGUUAUUAUUUUUAAAUUUUAAAUUUAAAUUACUAUAAUAAAAAACAGGUGUUGCCAAACUUUUGCAACUCAAAGACCACUUAACCCACCCACCAAAACAUCCUGGUGCUCUGACAAAAAAGAAUUGAUCAUUUGAAAUCUACACAAAUAAGCACCACAAUUAAUGUAGUUUAUCAGAUUGUUUCAUAUGCUUGAACUGCUUUAGGAUCUUCUGUUUUAACUAUUUAUUUGUAGUGGGUACUAAUACUCAGUACUAAUAAUAACAUAAUCUGCUUGCAAAUCAACCAGCUAGCUUUAUCAGUCAUGUGACUGUACUAUGCCAAACCAAUGAGCUACUCCUAAAUAUGUUAAAUAUAAUUUCAGUCACAUCCUAAAUAACGUGUGCUGAAUUAUAUACACAAACACGUUAGAAGGAUCUUUUACUUAGCAAAACACAAUUUAUUUUUUUGGGCAAUGCCCCCCUACCAUUACCCCUGCAGCCUACUGGUGGGCUGUUAUGGACUGCUCAGAUUAUAUGUGUGUCAAUAAAAUAAUGCUGUAAUAUAGCUGCACAUCAAAUAAUCACAUUUUUUAUGUAAAGAAGUCAGACUCUGUGACAACAUAGCUAAAAAAAAAAUCUAAAUCAGAUUUAUUUUGCCAAAUGCAAGUUGCAGAACAUUCUUUAAGAAGGCCUUUAAAUGCACUACGCAUAUUUCAUCAAAUGCAUAUUUCUUGUCCAAGAAAAGAUUUCAAGCAUUCAAGAUCAGCUCCUGAGGUUUAUCAGUGCUUGUAAUGAAUCUCAUGACCAUCAAACCAUCAUGUUCAUCCAAAAAAAAAAAAUACAUCAUUAAUUGUCCGAUAAAGCUUUUUGAAAAUCUUGAUCCUUAUAAAAAAUAUAUAUUAAAUAUCAAACAAAUGAAACAACUACUGAUAAAUGACCAGAAAACAUUUAACUAACACCCACACAAACACACACACACAAUGCCAAAACCAUAAUUUCUGUUAAAAUCUUUGGUUUAAAAAAUAAAAAUAAAGUCAUGAUUUUCUUUGUUUUUCUCAAA